CAAUCGUAUUCGUAGAACAGGUCUCUGAGUGGGUGUUAGAGAGAGAGAGAGAGAGAGAGGGAGAGAGAGAGAGAGAGGAGAGGAGGAGAGGAGGGAGCUCGAGGCAGUGAGAUUGGACUGGAGCAUCACUGCUGCGGUGUUUUUUCUGCGUGCUUGAAGGAAAACGAUCCAGUUUGAAAUUUUUCCAUGGAAUGCAUCGGAAAGUGAGAUUUUUAAUGAAAGCCCAGAGGAUCUGUGAAGGAUAAGUGAGCUUAAUUGUUCAGCUCGGAUCUCCAGAUCUUUCGGAGAAUCCUGAGCGUGGAUUUUUAUCCUGUUCUUUGUGGAGAAGGACGAGGGAAAGUGGGAGGAAUAGAACGCAGGGGUUAAGCACAGGUUGAGCGCGUGGAAGGAUGGAGUAGGACAACAGCUCACCUGGGUCCAGGUCCACUUAAAGCUCUUGACAUUAAAGUGGAGCGCAGGAUUUCUGUCCUCCUUUUUGGAUUCCGACUGCGUGUGAAGUUCAGGUUGUGUUUAUAGGAGUGAGACAGGUGUGUAUCACGUGUCUCACCUGUCUGUCUUUCUCUGACCUGUCUCGCAUCGAGCUGUCAUUCAGCUCGUAUCCAUAUCAGAGUGUCGGACUGAAGCUCGAGCUCACCUGAGGUUCAGAUUUUAGGGAUUGCGGAGGUGGAGGUGGAGGUGGAGGAGGAUCUGCUGAAGAGAAGAGUGUGCAUUUGCUUGAUAAGUUUUUCAGAAGGUGUAAGUACUGCUAUCCAGAAAGCUUGAGUAUUUGGAAUACAGGUUGAGUUGGAGCUGAAGGUGGAGGUGGAUUUGCUGAGGGACUCUAAAGAUCAAGUGUAUUAAGAUAAGAUUUAAGACCUUCAUCUCAAGCGAGACUUCUUUGGAAUGAUGUAAACUUCAUGCCGCACCCAGACACACCCACACGCUGAGCAUUUUUUUGCCUCCCAAAUUAAAAAUAAAAUCUGAUUCGUUCCUCGUUUUUUCCCCAAGCUCUUGAUUGGGCAAAGUGGGGAUUGUUUGGCCCUCGGGGGCCUCAGCGGCCUCCUCUAAUCUGAAGAUGCGCCGCUCAAGCACGGAUGAGACCCCGUACCGGCGGAGUCCCUCUCUGGACAGUAAGACCGGCUCGCCCCCGUUCUGUUUCGGGGGCGAGCGCGAACGCCGCGGUGCACCUUUCGGUUUCAGCUUCCGCACGGCGCCGGGGACAAAGACAGCCAAAGCGGGUUACGCCACAGCACAGGGCAGGAAGUACGUGGUGUUUUACCUGGACCUCUCCUUCAUUUUCCUCCUAGAGCUGCGCCGCUGCAGGAUGGCCGAGGGCUGCAUGAGGGCCCUGCGCUACGCCAUGGUCUUCUUCAACCUGCUCUUCUGGCUGGGAGGAUGUGGGAUUCUGGGAGUAGGCGUCUGGCUGUCAGUCACUCAAGGAAACUUCGCCACUCUCUCCACCUCCCUACCGUCUCUGUCUGCUGCAAAUCUGCUCAUCGCCGUGGGAACCGUCAUCAUGGUGAUCGGCUGCCUGGGCUGCGUCGGCGCCGUCAAGGAGAGCCGACCCUUACUUCUCAGUUUCUUCAUCCUGCUGCUUCUGAUUUUCCUUCUGGAGAUUUUGUUCAUCAUCCUCUUCUUCGCGUAUCAAGAUCAGAUUGACCGCUACGCUCAGAGCGAUCUGAAAAAAGGCCUACAGCUGUUCGGCACUGAGGGAAACAUCGGCCUGACCAACGCCUGGAGCAUCGUCCAGACCGACUUUCGCUGCUGCGGCGUGAACAACCACACCGACUGGUUCGACGUGUACAACGCCACCCGAGUUCCAGACUCCUGCUGUUUGGAAUACAGCGACAACUGCGGCUUGGAAAAUCCCGGGACGUGGUGGACUGCUCCCUGUUACGAACGAGUGAAAAGCUGGCUCCAGGAAAACCUCAUAGCUCUGUGGAUUUUCGCUCUGUGCACGGCUCUAACGCAGAUCUUAGGGCUGGUGUUCUCCAUGACUAUCUUCUGCCAGGCUGUGAAAGUGGACACCUUCUACGCCUAGAGAGCCGAAACGGAUCCGAGACGUUUUGUAGGACACUUCUUCUUUUGUGGAAAACUGAAAACUUUUAAUCUUUUCUUGUUGUUGUUUUUGUUUUGUUUUUUCCGAUUUGUUGACGUGACGUCAUCGCCGCGUUCUCCGGCUGGAAGAUCGUUCUCCUUCGACGACGCCUCUAGCUAACACCGUGUUCGCCGAACGGUCUUGUAAGAAUGAAAUGACAACAAAGCAUUAUUAUUCUGAUUUUUUGUCCUUAUCUAAUACCGCGCGAGUCCGUUAGCGUCCAGAAUUCCAAUCCCACUCGACGACAGAAACUCGUUCAAGAGGAGAAAGACGAUCGGUUCGGUUUUAUUCCGUUGUCCUGUUUGAAUCGAACCAGCUCACAUCGCUUCAUUCAGCAGCACCUGCGGGCAGAAGAAGAAAAAGAAGAAGGGACGUGACGUGACGUGACGUGACGAAAGACGCCGCCGGAUAAAGAGGAAUCAUCGCUCUUGCCGUAGUAUCGCAGAGAGAACAGGAAACGUUUCAGCGUAGGGGGGAAGAAAAGCGACGACGUGAUACCCUUUCGACGUGUAAAAUAAUAAAUAACGUGAGCACUGAACACGUCCCAGCAGUGCAGAUAUCCAUGGUUUAAAAGAAGAGGAGAUUCCGUCGUCGUCUUCAUUACGUAACAAACGUGUGUAAAUAUAUACCUGUACUCCCUUCGGUAUCUUUCAGACACCAUACUUAUUAUAACGUACAAAUAUAAAUAAAGCUUUUAUAGGGAAAGUGUA